GCCAGGAUGAAUGCAAAUUUCAAAGAUGGCGGCGGAGGGAGGAGGGAAGGAGAUGAACGAGAUCAAAACUCAGUUCACGACCAGAGAAGGCGCGUACAAACUCCUCACGCACUCCGAGUACAGCCGCCCCAACCGGGUGCCUUUCAAUUCGCAGGGCUCCAACCCCGUCAAGGUCUCGUUUGUCAACGUAAACGACCAGUCCGGCAACGGCGACCGAAUCUGCUUCAAUGUGGGCCGGGAGCUGUAUUUCUACAUCUACAAAGGCGUCCGAAAGGCUGCAGAUCUAAGCAAGCCAAUAGACAAGAGGAUAUACAAGGGAACGCAGCCCACCUGCCAUGACUUUAAUCACCUUACUGCCACGGCUGAGAGUGUAUCUCUGUUGGUGGGUUUCUCAGCUGGUCAGGUACAGCUUAUUGACCCCAUCAAGAAGGAGACAAGCAAGCUCUUCAAUGAAGAAAGACUAAUAGAUAAAUCUAGAGUGACUUGUGUAAAAUGGGUGCCAGGCUCUGAGAGUCUCUUCCUUGUAGCUCAUUCCAGUGGAAACAUGUACUUGUAUAACGUGGAGCAUACAUGCGGCACGACGGCCCCUCACUACCAGCUGCUGAAGCAGGGCGAGAACUAUGCUGUGCACACGUGCAAGAGCAAAUCCACGCGCAACCCUCUGCUGAAGUGGAUGGUGGGUGAGGGGGCACUGAACGAGUUUGCCUUUUCUCCUGACGGGAAGUUCUUGGCCUGCGUUAGUCAGGACGGCUUCCUUCGCGUGUUUAACUUUGAUGCCGUGGAGUUGCACGGGACCAUGAAAAGCUACUUUGGGGGGCUGCUUUGUGUCUGUUGGAGCCCCGAUGGGAAGUACAUUGUUGCGGGCGGGGAGGACGAUCUAGUGACUGUGUGGUCUUUCGUGGACUGUCGAGUUAUAGCGCGAGGCCACGGUCACAAAUCGUGGGUAAGCGUGGUGGCUUUCGAUCACUACACCACGAGCGUGGAGGAGAGCGACCCCAUGGAGUUCAGCGGGAGCGACGAGGACUUCCAGGACCAGAUCCACUUCGGACGCGACCGGGCCAACAGCACGCAGUCUCGUCUCUCCAAGCGCAACUCUACGGACAGCCGGCCGGUCAGCGUCACGUACCGCUUCGGCUCGGUGGGUCAGGACACUCAGCUGUGCCUGUGGGACCUCACAGAGGACAUCCUGUUCCCUCACCUCCCCUUGUCUCGAACCAGGACCCACACCAACGUCAUGAACGCUACCAGUCCCCCGGCCACGGGAAGCGGAGGAAGCGGGAGCAGCACCGUCGUCACGACAACGACAACGACGACGACAAAUAAUCCCAGCACGAACGGCAGCAACAACAGCGGCACCAACACGCCGGGGAACUCGCUGCCCACGCCGCUGCCGCGCUCCAACAGCCUACCGCACUCAGCGGCCGCAACCACCGGCAACAGCAGCAAAAGCAGCGUGAUGGACAACGCCAUCGCUUCUGGCGUCAGCAAGUUCGCCACGCUCUCGCUGCACGACCGUAAAGAACGCCACCACGAAAAGGACCACAAGCGCAACCACAGCAUGGGCCACAUCAGCAGCAAGAGCAGCGACAAGCUCAACCUGCUCACCAAAACCAAAACGGACCCAGCCAAGACGCUGGGCACUCUGCUGUGCCCACGCAUGGAGGAUGUACCCCUGCUUGAGCCACUCAUCUGCAAAAAGAUAGCACACGAGAGACUCACUGUUCUCAUCUUUCUAGAGGACUGUAUAGUCACCGCUUGUCAGGAGGGAUUUAUUUGCACAUGGGCGAGGCCUGGCAAAGUGGGUUUAUUGUCAUCCCAAAACCAAGCCAGCUCUCCCAGUGGAACAGUAGUAUAGCCACAAUAUUUCUGCUGCUAAGAACCCUGCAUCACGCCGCUGUCACAUAGAGAGCCCUGUGCUGCUCUUCACUUCAUCUUCACUUCAUCGUUUAUUUGUUUAUUUGCCAGCCCCUCCCCCUUUCAUUUCUUAAAUUCAAUUGUUAUUGGUUGCCUCACAUGGUCUGCUUGCAUGGUAGACUUGCUAAUACUGUGCACAAAUGGAAAUGGUGUGGUGCAAUGAUAAACUUUUUUUUUUUUUUUUUUUUUAAGGAAGAAAUGUAUUUAUUUUUUUUUCUUUACACACAUUUCACAGUUUUUCUUUCCUGAAGUGAGAAAAUAAGCGUCAAACCGAUCAGCCUUUGACCUUAGUAAACUGAUGAAGGGGGGGUGGGUUGGGCAAGAGGUUGAAAUCAGGGGCAGAGAGAAUCCAAGGACUUGCUUCCAUCCAAAUUCCUUUUUCCUAAGAUUUUUGUUUUCUCCUUCACAUGGAAUAGAUUCUCCCCCAUUAAGAACUUUGCACUGAUUUUAUUUUGGUUGUCUAUUUUGUAACAAACUACUCUCUAGGAUAAAAAAAAAGACAAAAAAGAAGAAAGGUUUGGGGAUGGCCUUGAUGCACUCGGCUUUAAUAUCCUCUGUCUUGAAAUUUGAAUCUGAAAAAGCUGGAUGCUGCAAUCAUAGUUUUUUUUGUUUUUUCUUUUUUUUUUGAAAGAAAAUUUGUUUGCACUUAAUAGUUUAUUAGAAGAGAAUGGCUUUACAUUGUGUGUGCAAGGACUCACAGACUGAUUUAAGGUGGAGAAAUACGAAAUGAUAAAAAAAAACUUUGUAUCUAUUGAGCAUUUAUUUUAAUAUUGUUUCAGAUUAAAAUCUGCUUUGUAUUAUAUGUAUAAUAUUGUAAUUCAGUGAUUAAUGGGGCAAAAGCAAAUGAUCAGUACUACUCUAGUGGACGUUUUGUCAUCAUUAAAGAAAAUAGUGAUUUCUAAAGCAGAAAAAUAUACAUAUUAAUAAUAUUAAAAAAAUCUUGAAUAUGCAGGCUUCUGUUUAUUUUUUUUCCUUUUGUCUUGUAUAAAAUUCAUCCAGAUGUAUUUUGAUAGAGGAGAUUUAUGUAUGAAAUGGCUUACGUUUUGAGCCCCAGUGCUUAAUGUUAUGAAUUUUAAAAAUGCAAUGUUGCAGCAAAACUCGGGAACUCGUGACGUAUGAAGCUCAGGAAGUCAGACUAGAACACACGUCUCUCACAAGCUACCAAUUUAUAUUUAGCUAAUCUACAGCAAUGCUAUCCUGUGGAACAAUACUAAAGUCCUAUCCGGACGGGAUUAGCUUCUCAGGGGGACGUCUGUGAAAAAUAUUUCACACUUCUACUUCUACUAAAACUCUCUUGAAAAAACAGGAGGACCAGCGAGUUUUUUUUUUUUUUUUUUUGCUUUCUCGGUCACGUGACAUCAUGUUCAGUAGCUCCUCCACACGCGCCCAAAGUGUAAUUACAGUGUGCGGCAGUGGACAAAUAGCUAUUUUAUUAAAUGCGAGGUGAAGAAACUAAAAAGAUGUGAAUCUGGACGUGAAUAAAAUUACCGGAGGACCACGGAGUUCAGUGAAAAAAGUAGAUAAUUCAGCCUGUGAUUUUCUUAGAGGACGUCUGAGAAAAACACAGACAUGGUCGAUCCGGACGAGAAUAAAAUUACAGAGGACCCCCCCCCCCCCCCCCAUAAAAGAGAAAAUUACCCCAUGACCCCCUGAGAAACGAAUCCCGUCUGGAUAUGGCUCAAGUUGCACUCACUAAGAACAAAUGCAGGAGGUUUAAAGUUGGACUUUACCAUGUGACCCCAAUUAACUCCUCAAUAUGUACCUUUUUUUUUGUGACUAUCGAUCAUUGUUAAUAUAACAUUCAGCAAAUCAGCAGUAACCAGGGAAGAAGAUGAAGAUGCUACCAUGGUCAUAUUUUAUCUCAUUAACAUUUUACAGUUCGCAUUUUGUUUAUUAAAAAAAGAGAAACAGGGA